CAAAAAAAACAAAAACAAAGCAACUUAAGCUAAACUUGUUUCUAACUACUAGCUUCAUUUAUUCAAAAAAGCUUCAGCUAAUUAUAUAUAUUAUAUAUAUAUAUAUAUAUAUAUAUUAUUAAAAUUAUAUUAUUAUUAUUAUUACUACACUUUCUAUUAGUUCUUUUAAUUUGUGAAACGAUGCCGUCAUCCCGCACGGAGCGCGCGCUCUACGCGAGGUUGGAGCUCACCCCCGACGCCACGUCGGAGGCAAUCACGCGGGCCUACCGCCGCCUCGCCCUGAAAUACCACCCUGACCGCAAUCCCGACGGCAUCGAGCAGUUCAAGGCGCUCUCUAACGCCUAUUUCAUCCUCAGUGAUCCCGUGAAAAAAGGACUCUACGACGCCACGGGCUUCGCAGACGCCUCGGAAGACGCUUCCCAAACGAUGAAGGAGCGAUCUGACGAGAUGAGGGAUCAACUUCGAGGCUUCUUCGCCGUCUACGCCGGAUCCUCCGAGGAGGAAGGGGAUAUUAUCAAAGCUUUUACAUCAGCGCAUGGGGAUUUCGCGGCGAUGAUUCGCAAAUAUCUUAUUUUUGAUAACGGAAUACCAACUGAGGUUCGCCGUCUGCACGACGUGACCUGCGAUCUACUACAAAAAGGAAAGCUAAGCCCUACUAAGGCAUGGAAUGAAAGCACCACUCCAAAGGCUAUAAAGAAAAUUGAACGUCGAAUGCAAAACGAGCGUGUAGAAGCGGAGAAAACGCUCAAAGAAAUGAAUCUCGAGCCUGACGGAAGCGAGGCAAACAACAAGAGUGGGGAAUUAUCGCUGCAAGCCCUUAUUAAACAGCGCCAAAAAGCCUCAUGGGAAACUAUGCUAAACAAUAUGGAAGCUAAAUACACUACGAACGGAAAUGAAGGAUCGAAAAAUCCAAGAAAGAGUUCUAAUAAGCGGCCAAGAGAAAGCUUGCACUGAGUUGUCCUUUUUUUUUUGGAGCGCAUGUUAUCCAUAGAAACUACAACACACACUGAUAUAAUAGAACCCAUAGAUUGCUUUUGGCCUUUAAAAAAAGUUAAACAUCUUGAAAAUUUUUAUCAUUUUUUCCCCUAAAAUGUACCAAAUUGGUACAGAGGGAGUAUUGCUUUUUAUUUUGGUUCACAAAA